UCAAAGCUUUAAUUUGCUUUCCAGAAAUCUGCAAAAUCUGGUCCGGAAUGUCUCGGCACAUCUACAGACAGCUCUUGAAGAAGAGGGCAGUGGAUAUUGGAGUUGGGAGCUUUGCAGUUGUGCCAGUGCUGGCCAGUGUGGCAGAGGACAAGGUUUUGCCUGUUGAGAGACCUAUGUUCAUUCUGAGCAAGUCUCUGAAGAUGUUUUACAACCUUGAGAGUGACGACACCAAAAUUCCUGAUGAGACACCUGUUGUUCCGCCAGACGUUGAGGAGGUCGCUGCAAGCACCCACUUUCGCCACGAAAUCGUGGAGCAGUGCGUACAGGAGACCCUGCUUUGCUUUGCUGGGGCCCUCCGAGACAACAGGGAGGUGGAAUUCUCAUUCAAGGGCAUCGGUAUCCUUGCUGUGCGGAACAAAGUGGUCAGCACGACCUUCUUGGAUGGCUGCCUGCUGGAGCUAGAUACAACAGGAAACAUGCUGAAAGCCCUUCUCGAGGACCCCAAAAUUAUGAACCUUGUUGCCUUUCCGGGCCAAAACGAUUUUAGUCGGAUCAGUCAAGAUGAGGUUCUCAGUCUGCCAAGCCUUGUGGUUGAGACCCCGCACCAGCCAUUGGCCCCGCUGGUUUCCCUGAAACCCAGAAGAGAGUCGGCGCCGUGGGGAGGAGGUUCCCGCAGAUUAAGUGUGCUGGAUCCCGUGUUCCUGGCUCGGCGCAGGGUUUCUCAGGCCAGUCAGCAGUCCAUGGAAGUCGAUCUGGCUAGAGACAAGGAAACUGGCCAAAUCGGGUAUCUUCCCGUAAUCCCGGAGAAGACCCAGCGGAAGCCGAAGCGCCCCACAUCUCCAGCUCAGCAGGGGCUGAAGGUCUCUGCAAGUGCUCCCCAGCCCUCAGAACUGCCCCUCUACAGCGAGAAGGAGGAGAGAGAGCUCCAGCUGCUGCUGGCGUCCAAGCGCCGUGAGCUGGAAGCAGAAGUGUGGCGCAAAUACUUUGGUAACCGGGCGAUCACCAGGCAUGGGCAGGUAGGCAACUCCCAGGAAAAGGAGCUUUUGCCUUUCUGCUGGAUAGGUUGGCUGUGGCAUGGGCUCUGUGCUGUCCCUGCCAGGAGCAGCCCCCUGGGAGCACCGAGCCCUGCAAGGCUCCCGCUUUGGGCGAAGCUGCGACAGGAGCCGCGGCUGCUGCGGCAGUGCCUGAGGAGAGCCCCGUGUGCCUUUGCAGACCUCCUGCCCCUUCGUGUUCGAGGAUCCCUAUCGCCCUGCCCACGUCCUGAGGAAGGCCUACGCCGAGCAGCUGAGGGAGAGGGGGAGAUCAGAGCAGUCGGCAGAGCUCCAGCUCUUGAGGAAAAUCCUGGAGGAGUAAGUGAGGUGGAAGGAGGGCCCGCAGCAGGGCCUCCAGAGGAGCGGGAUGGCCUCAGCACAGGGCCAGGACCUGCCAGCCUGAGCCAGGCUUGGGGGCAGUGGGAGCCCUCCUGCCCAGCCACCAACUGA